AUGGGUAAUUGUUGGUAUAGGGAAUCGUCAGAUUAUAGAGUCUCAUCCAAUGCAAAACCAGAACAAAACCAGGUGACAAUGAAAGAAAGAUACGAACACGAUGAUAGUAAGCUACCAUCAAAUCCUAAAGAAGUUGAAGAUCUCCGACGCGAUUCAGCUGCGAAUCCAUUGAUUGCAUUCACUUACGAAGAACUAAAGAUAAUAACUGGACAUUUUAGACCAGACCGCGUGUUAGGUGGUGGUGGAUUUGGAAGUGUUUAUAAAGGUUUUAUUUCUGAGGAGUUAAGGGAAGGUCUUCCUUCUAUUCCUGUAGCUGUUAAGGUUCAUGAUGGAGACAAUAGUCAUCAAGGUCACAGAGAAUGGCUGGCAGAAGUGAUAUUUUUGGGGGAAUGUUCGCAUCCAAAUUUAGUGAAAUUAAUUGGAUACUGCUGUGAAAAUGAACAUAGGGUUCUAGUUUAUGAGUACAUGGCUAGAGGAAGUGUGGAAAACAAUUUGUUCUCAAAAAUUUUGCUUCCUUUGCCAUGGUCCAUAAGAAUGAAGAUUGCGUUCGGUGCUGCAAAAGGACUUGCAUUUCUUCAUGAAGCCGAAAAACCUGUCAUCUAUCGCGAUUUCAAGACAUCUAAUAUUUUAUUGGAUCUGGACUAUAAUGCAAAGCUUUCUGACUUUGGCCUUGCUAAAGAUGGACCAGUUGGAGACAAGUCUCAUGUUUCUACUAGAAUAAUGGGAACGUAUGGAUAUGCUGCACCAGAAUACAUUAUGACAGGUCAUUUGACUCCUAGGAGUGAUGUUUAUAGUUUUGGUGUUGUUCUUCUUGAGCUUUUGACUGGAAGAAAAUCUUUAGACAAACAAAGACCAGCUAGAGAGCAAAACCUAACAGAAUGGGCUCUUCCUUUGCUAAAAGAAAAGAAGAAAGUGUUAAGUAUUAUAGAUGCAAGACUAGAAGGUAAUUAUCCAAUAAAAGGGGCUCAUAAGGCUGCAAUGCUUGCAUAUCAUUGUUUGAACAAGAAUCCAAAAGCAAGGCCUCUAAUGAGAGAUAUUGUUGAUUCAUUGGAGCCUUUGACAACAUAUAGUGAGCUCCCUAUUGAAAAAACAUUUACUAUAAUCACUGAGGUUGCUGAAACUGAUGUUAAAAAGAAAGAGGCAAAAUGA